CAUAGAACAUCCAUCCUACUAUGGUCACACUUUCGCGAAUCAGCUGAAGAAAUAUUUAAAAGUUUCAAAUAAUAAAAACAAAGCCCUCUAAAGAAUGCCAAUAUUUUGACCCCCGUUGGCCAAUUACUUCACUGCAGAUUUCCGGUUGCGGCCAUGGUUCGAGUUCUGUUCCUCCACCCGGAUUUGGGCAUCGGAGGAGCCGAGCGACUGGUGGUGGAUGCAGCUCUGGCUCUCAAGGAGCGAGGACACCAAGUCAGCUUCCUAACGAAUCACCACGACAGCACGCACUGCUUCAAGGAGACGGCUGACGGCACUUUUCCGGUUCACGUUGUGGGGGACUGGUUGCCACGCGGGCUCUUUGGAAGAUUCUACGCCAUCUGUGCGUAUCUGCGCAUGCUCUAUGCGGCGAUCUAUGCCAGCUUCUUCAUGCCCCAGCGGGAGAAGGUGGAUGUGGUGGUGUGCGAUCUAAUCUCUGUAUGCAUUCCGGUACUCCGCUUCGCUCCUCAUCGUCCGAAAGUUCUAUUCUACUGCCACUUCCCGGAUCAGCUCCUCAGCAGCCGUGAAGGUCUGCUGAAGUGGCUGUACCGUCUGCCCAUCAACUGGCUGGAGGAGCACACCAUCGGUCUGGCAGAUAAGGUGCUGGUCAAUUCCAAGUUUACGCUGCGAGUCUUCCAGGACACCUUCCGCCGGCUGAGCACGGUGCCGGAUGUGCUGUAUCCUUCACUGCACACCCAGUAUUUUGACCAGAUGCAGAAAAAGCUGGAGCAGCGGUCUGCUUUAUUUGACGAGCCCGUGCAUCCGCGAGUGCCACUCAACGCCUUCAUCUAUCUGGACAUCAAUCGGUACGAGCGAAAGAAGAACCACGCACUUGGCUUACAUUCCCUGCGUCUCCUGGGCGACAUGCUGCCCGCCAAUGACUUCAAACGCUGUCGACUGAUCAUCGCGGGGGGCUAUGACACUCGAUGCAUGGAAAAUGUCGAGCACUUUGCGGAGCUGGAGCAGCUCACGGAGGAGCUUAAGCUUCAGGAUCACGUUGUGUUGCUGCGCUCGCCUACCGACGAGGAGAAAUGUCGCCUGCUCUUUGCCGCCCACUGUCUGCUGUAUACACCCGAAAACGAGCACUUUGGCAUUGUGCCGCUGGAGGGCAUGUACUGCUCCAAGCCAGUGGUGGCAUUGAACAGCGGUGGACCCACUGAAACGGUGGUGAACACUUCAACGGGCUUUCUGUGCGAAAAAACCGAAAAGAGCUUUGGAGGAGCAAUGCACCAGCUUUUCCGAGACGAGCAGCUGCGUGUGAAAAUGGGUGACCAGGGUCACAAGCGGGUGCAGCAGAAGUUCUCCUUCCAAGCAUUCGCAGAUCGGCUGAACGGCAUCAUUAGAGAUCUUGUUCCUAUUUCCAAGGAGUCGAGUCCUAAGAAAACUGAAUAAAAUUCCAGUUAAAAAGGCA